AUGCCUGCAGCGUCUCAACAAUCAGACGUAAUCGAAUUCCACAUCCCCGAGCUCGGGCUCUCGUUUCGAGCAAAGUUGCUCGUCGACGAAAGUCCCGAUGUUGUUCCAAGUCUCCAGGCCCAACUGCCGCUCGAGAGCGUCCUGGGCCACGUUGUCAUUGCCGGCGAGACGUUUUGGACGCCGACCAAGAUGGUGCACCUUGGUCGAAACAACAUGGUCCAGCGGCAUCAGGGCGCCGUCUACCUCAACGCGCCGGGCCAGUCCAUCUGUGUCACCUACGGGAAGAUCACGGAGAGCGCCAAGAUCAACAAGUUCGCCGAGGUGUUCCAGGAGGAUCUGCAGGUGUUGGAGCAGAUCGGAAAACUCGUCUACGAGCACACCGUUGCGCUGCCGCGUCACAAGAUUCUGAAACUCGUCAUCUCGAGCAAGCAGUCGCCCGCGAGUCUCCUCCCUCCUCGCCGCGUGACGUCGGAGGCUGCCGCCGAAUCUACAGGUGGCUACCGCCAAGUAAAGACACUCAUCGAAGAGGAGAUUGAUCGCAUAUGGCUAGACGAGCCGGCCGAGUUCCAGAAAGUCCGAUGGGGCGUGAUUGACAGCGGCGCGGGCACCGGAGAGCAAUACUUUACAGUCAUGGUACAUCUUGAAGCAUACCUGAUGGUGGUUGGUGGCGACGUCAUGUACCGUUUCCUGAAGCUUGCCGAGUAUCAUGACAUUGAGCUGCCCGCGCUCAAUCGCUUGACGAGGGAAUUCUUGGUCGGCAACUUUGACAUGUUCGAAUUCAUGGCGGACCUGGGGCUGCCCAGCAUGCACAAGAUUGGUCAGGAGUACUCGGAUGCGCUGAGUACGCUCAAGACAAAGGAAGAAUACGUCGAGCUUACUGGCGCCAUGCAAACCUACAUGAACCGCAUGCACCGUUGGUCGUACUUCAUCUUUCCGUGGCACCUGGGUGUUGCGUUCCCGCACCGCAAGCCUGACGAGGUCCUUUCGUUUUCCAAGAUUGUCGACCGCAAGUCCUCGUAG